AUGUGGUCAUCGUCGAUUGAUCAACCGAUGAAAUCUAAUCGAGUGAAUGAACUAUUAUUCAAUUUCACAUCACCAUGGUUUGGAUCUUAUUGUCAAUAUUCCUUCGAAAUAGACUCGAACUAUUCGGAAACAACGUUCAGUGUCCAACCGAAAGUUCAUAUAGUCGAUGCUAUUACUCAUUUCACAUGUUACGUUUUGAUAAAAUGUGAUCAUGGUGCUGAACCAAUGUGUCUCGAUUGGCGUGAAGUAUGUGAUGGUCGAAUCGAUUGUUUGAAUGAUGGUGUUGAUGAAAUUUUUUUGUGUGGUGACGGGGAGUGUGUAGAAGAUUUUGGUGAAUGUCAGAAU